AUGCUCCAGGAUACAAGCAGUUCCGUGCCGCCAGGAACCAUGCCUCAAACUUUUGAACGCAUCGCGAAUGACUUGCUCCCCAAGCUUCAUCGAUGCAUCCGACUUCCCCAAAGGAUUAUCAGAUUCGAGAAAGCCAGCCCGUCAUUCUUCGGUGUCGAGGCUCGUACUGUUGACAAUGACAUCAGCGAUCUAUCCUCGCUGUCUUGGGGAAAGGGAUCCGAGUUUAUUCUCGAUUUCGGCAUGCAUAUGGUCGGAUUUCUCUCAUUUCACUUGAACUACGUUGGGCAAAACAUGGAUGCUCCAUGCCGGCUUCGUCUCACCUUUGGCGAGUCGCCGCUCGAUGUGACGAUGGAUAUGAACGAUGUGAAUACCUGGAUCAGCACAGCUUGGCUUCCCGACGAGAUCUUCAAUAUCGACCUAUGUCCGCAGACCAUAACCCUCCCACGCCGGCACUCCUUCCGAUACCUACGUGUUCAAGUCAUCGAUACCUCCCCCAAGUUCAAGGUGUCGUUCUCGAAUGUCCAAUGCAAAUCGGUCAGCGCCGUCAGCCAAGACCAUCAAAUCGAAGCGGUUAAGUUCCCAGAUAGUCUUCUGCAGGAAAUCGACCACAUUUGCAUCUCCACGCUGCGCGACUGUAUGCAGACUGUAUUCGAAGAUGGCCCACGACGAGAUAGAAGGCUGUGGAUUGGAGACCUCCGCCUACAAGCGCUAGCAAACUACAGCACGUUUCGGGACUUCAAUCUUGUCAAGAGAUGUCUUUUCCAAUUCCCAGCAGUCCGAAAUGCGGAUGGCUCGCUGCCAGCCUGCAUUUUCGAGAAGCCCAAGUUGAUGGCUUCAACAGACUAUAUCGCCGACUAUGACGCUCUAUUUGCGGCCAUUGUGUAUGACUAUGUCGAAGCUUCUGGGGACACGGAAACUGGGCAUCUUCUUUGGGAGACUGUUCUCGACUGCCCAAAGCGACUGCUGCGCAACCUCAAUACUACCUCCUACGUUUUCGAGGCCGAACGCAGCAAGCAGUUUAUUUUCCUGGACUGGGCAAAGGGUCUUGAUAAGAAUGCGGGAGCCCAUGGCGUGUUACUUUAUUGUCUGAAAACUACGAAUAAGCUCGCUGUACGACUGAAUAAGGAGCCUCCGUUCGACGAACUGAUCCUUAAGAUGACAGAUGCUGCAAACACAUUCCUGAAAGAUGGUGUCUUUGUGUCUGGAGAAUCUCAGCAAAUCAGCUACGCCUCCGCUGCAUGGCUAGUUCUUUGCGAAGCCUUCCCUCCAGAAAUCGCCCGCAAAGCUCUCCUCGCCACACUUGCACAUCCAGAUGCUGUAAAGCCACUAACCCCAUAUUUGUGGCACCAUGUUUGUGACGCUCUUGCGCUGCUCGGAUGCUAUGAUGAGUGCGUUGAUCUUAUCAAGUCUUAUUGGGGAGGUAUGGUGGAGGCAGGAGCUGACACCUUUUGGGAAUGUUAUGAUGCCGAGGAUUGCAUGGCGAGUCCGUAUGGGGAUGUACGGAAUAAUAGCUGGUGCCAUGCUUGGAGCUGUACGCCGACGUAUCUGCUCAGGACAACGCUUCGGGAGAAGGUCAAAGCGAGAGGCGUGGGGAAGAUCACGAUGGAUGAGCUAGACCAUCGGUGGAUCAAGAGGUCUUCUGAUGACUUGGUCGUAUAA